UCUCUCCGUCCCCUCUCUCUCUCUCUUAAACCCUCUCGUCACGUUCGCCUCGCCGGCGGCGACGCUCCCUCCGGCGAAUCCCUCCACAUCCCGGUUUCAUAACAUCAAAUCCCUUAAGACCUCAAGAAUAAUCGAAUCAGACGGAAGGGAAGAAAUGAAGUUCGAAAUAGAGGACGUCACUGUCUACUUCCCCUACGACAACAUCUACCCGGAGCAGUACUCGUACAUGGUGGAGCUCAAGCGCGCCCUCGACGCCCGCGGCCACUGCCUCCUCGAGAUGCCCACCGGCACCGGCAAGACCAUUGCCCUCCUCUCACUCAUCACCAGCUACGUCCUCUCCAAGCCCCAGUCCCCUCUCAAGCUCAUCUACUGCACCCGCACCGUCCACGAGAUGGAGAAGACCCUCGCUGAGCUGAAGAAGCUGCACGACUACCAGGUAAAGCACCUUGGCCCCGCCGCCAGGAUUCUUGCCGUCGGGCUAUCGUCGCGGAAGAACCUGUGCGUGAAUCCGAGGGUCCUGUCGGCGGAGAAUCGCGACUCGGUGGACGCCGGCUGCAGGAAGCUCACCGCGAGCUGGGUUAGGGCUUUGGCCGAGAGGAACCCCAGCGUGCCGACCUGCGAGUUCUUCGAGGAGUACGAAAGGGCCGGGUCUGGGGCGGUGUUGCCACCCGGAGUUUAUACACUGCAGGAUCUAAGGGCCUUUGGCAAACAGAAAGGCUGGUGUCCAUACUUCUUGGCCCGCCAUAUGGUGCAAUUUGCAAAUGUUAUCGUGUAUAGUUAUCAGUACUUGCUUGACCCAAAGGUGGCUGGCAUAAUAUCAAAGGAAAUGCAGAGAGAAUGUGUUGUGGUGUUUGAUGAGGCACAUAAUAUUGAUAAUGUAUGUAUUGAAGCUCUUAGUGUUAGUGUGAGGCGACAAACACUUGAAGGGGCUACAAGGAAUCUUCAUCGAAUGGAGCAGGAGAUUGAGAGGUUCAAGGCCACUGAUGAAGGUAGGUUGAGAGCAGAAUAUCAGAGGCUGGUUGAGGGUUUGGCCCAGAGAGGAGACUUGCGAGUUAAUGAUACCUGGCUUGCAAAUCCUGCCUUGCCUGAUGAUAUUUUAAAGGAAGCAGUGCCAGGGAACAUUCGUCGAGCAGAUUUUUUCCUACGCGUCUUACGUAGAUUUGUCCAAUAUCUGAAAGGCCGCCUAGAAACUGAGAAUGUAGAGAAGGAAAGCCCUGUUGCUUUUGUUGCCUCUGUUACUAAUCAAGCCGGAAUCGACCAGAAAACAUUAAAGUUUUGUUAUGAUCGCCUCCAUUCUCUCAUGCUGACUCUAGAAAUAACUGAUACAGAUGAGUUUUUGCACAUACAAACAAUAUGUGAUUUUGCAACACUUGUGGGGACAUAUGCCCGUGGCUUUUCUAUUAUAAUCGAGCCUUUUGACGAGAGAAUGCCAGAUGUCCAGGAUCCUGUGCUGCAGCUUAGUUGCCAUGAUGCUUCUCUCGCGAUAAAGCCUGUAUUUGAUCGUUUCCAGACAGUAGUUAUCACAUCUGGAACUCUCAGUCCUAUUGAUCUAUAUCCUCGUCUUCUGAACUUUAAUCCAGUUGUUAGUCGGAGUUUCACAAUGUCCUUGACAAGAGACUGCAUAUGCCCAAUGGUUCUUACUCGUGGGAGUGAUCAGCUACCGGUCAGUACAAAAUUUGACAUGAGAAGUGAUCUUGGUGUUGUGAGAAACUACGGGAGGCUUUUACUGGAGAUGGUCUCUGUUGUUCCCGAUGGGAUUGUGUGCUUUUUUGUUAGUUACUCAUACAUGGAUGAAAUUGUUAAUAGUUGGAAUGAAAGUGGGAUUUUGAAGGAAAUAAUGCAACAUAAGCUUGUCUUUAUUGAGACACAGGACGUGGUGGAAACUACAUUGGCUCUGGACAACUAUCGCAGGGCUUGUGAUUGCGGGAGAGGUGCUGUCUUUUUCUCUGUUGCCAGGGGAAAGGUAGCUGAAGGAAUUGAUUUUGACCGACAUUAUGGUAGAUUAGUGAUCAUGUUUGGUAUUCCCUUCCAAUACACACUGAGCAAAAUCUUGCUAGCACGGCUGGAAUACCUUCGUGAUACAUUUCAGAUAAAGGAAGGAGAUUUUUUAACUUUCGAUGCUUUGAGGCAAGCUGCUCAAUGUGUGGGCCGAGUGAUCCGCUCAAAGGCUGACUAUGGCAUGAUGAUUUUUGCUGACAAAAGGUAUAGCCGUCAUGACAAGCGUUCUAAAUUGCCUGGGUGGAUUUUGUCCCAUCUACGAGAUGCACAUCUCAAUUUGAGCACUGACAUGGCUGUGUAUAUAGCAAGGGAGUUCCUUCGGAAAAUGGCACAACCAUAUGAUAAAGCUGGGAGUGGUAGUAAGAAAACCCUUCUGUCGCAGGAAGACGUAGAGAAGAUGGGUGAUGGCAGCUUGAACGAAAUGUUGUACUGAGAGGUUACAUCACCGGCUUUUUUGUUCCCUGCAUUCCCUGUGUUGACAAUCUUUGCUGAAGCACGCAGCUGCUGAUGGUAAUUUUCAAAGUCAAUAA